GGGAUAUCGGAUGUUUACAACCAAUAUGCAACAAGUGUGGCCGGGGCGACUUCCAGUCAAAUGCUCCAUCAAACUUAUCAAAGCGGCGGCGAGACCGUACAAUCUCGAGCGGGUGCUUUCCCGUCCGGUAAAUCGGUCUCAACAGAGGCUCCGAGAGCCUCCUAUGCAGCUGCUAGUGCGGGCGGCGCAAGCGGCGCGAUCGGUCAAAGACGAGAUUAUCGAGAGCCCGCUGUCAGGGAACGCGUCAGAGGCGGAGAUUCUGAGGUCCAUUCGCUGCUGUCGUUCGACGAGCCGUCGCCGCCUGGAAUUCCUGGUGAUUUCCUCUCCUCGGCCUCAACAAGCAGUAGGGUUCGUUCCAAUUACAACGACUUGAGCGGCACGAUUCUCAGUAGCCUCCAUAAUCUGUCCGUUCAGGACACAGAACCGUCGGUCUCAUCUAGUCAACCUUCCUACGCGUCGCUUUUCUCGCACGAAGAGCGAGCACAGUACAGUCCUUGGGGGAAAUCGACAUUCGAUCUUCCAACUCCGGCGGCCCCCUUAUUGUUCAACAUCAAGCCUUCUAGUCUGUUACCUGAUUGUUCAAAACAAACUCAACAACCAAGAUAUCCGGACCCCAAUCCUCCUCGUGACGAGUCGUCAGAGCAGGGUCGGGGACUGGACGCUCUGGACCGAAACGCUACAAAACGCAAUCAAAGUUACACCGAUCGCUUCGGAUAUUGAAGAGACAAAUGUGUUGAUUCUCACUUGGAAUAUAAUAUUCGAAAUAAUUGAUAAUUGAUAUUCAGAUGACGUUCAAUGUAAAAUCAAUCGAUCACCGACCAAGAUUGUUGACAAUGUCCCAGGCUGAGUCCGCUGGACUUUCUUCUUGAAGCCUGGUUUCCCCUCCGACGAGAAAUUUUAUCGACGAGCUCAAAGUGUUCUCUACCCUCGGGAGUUGAAUCGAGGGCGGGCCAAGUGACAAAAUAAGGAAUGAUGAUGAAAAUG